AUCUACAAGAAUGAUAGCGAGUUGCUGGUGGUUUUUCUGCCUAAUUAUGGUAUCUAGUUACACAGCUAAUCUGGCCGCAUUCUUAACUAUAGAAACUGUAAUAAAGCCGUUCGAUAAUGUUGAAGAAUUAGCAAAAAAGAAAGGCACCAUAAAAUAUGGCGCAAAAGAUGAAGGAUCUACGUUCCAUUUCUUCAGAGAUAGCAAUCACACAACGUACACGGAAAUGUACGAGUACAUGAAAGCAAACAAGAAGGAUGUACUUGUACUGGAUAAUACUGCCGGUGUACGGAAGGCCAUAGAAGAAGACUAUGCCUUUCUGAUGGAAUCAGCAUCAAUCGAAUAUUUGGUCGAGCGAAUUUGCGAAGUUAGUCAAGUAGGAGAUCUGCUCGAUGAAAAAGGUUACGGAAUUGCAAUGAAGAAAAACUCGGAGUAUUUACACAAUAUCAACUCGGCAGUAUUGCAACUUUCUGAAGGCGGCGUCAUCUCGCAAAUAAAGAAAAAAUGGUGGACACAAAAGAGAGGUGGAGGCAAAUGUCGGGAAAGCGCUGGAGCCAGUCAAGCGGAUCCACUAGGCCUCGGUAACGUGGGUGGAGUAUUCUUGGUGCUCACUGUAGGCGUCGCCUUAUCCUGCGUAUACACUAUAUUAGAAUUACUUUGGGAUGUUGCCCAAACAUCCAUUCGAGAAAAUGUGUCUUUCAAGCAGGAAUUAAUAAACGAACUGAAAUUUGUCGCGAAAUGUAGUAACUCUAAGCCGGCACGAAGAAGAAAUGGAUCUAACAAAAGCUCCAGCACAAGGGGAUGUACUCCUCCAUAUGGUUUUGUACCAACAGUUAUAAGAACGUCACCAACUGACGACAAAUAAUGACGAAACGACUCCCGAUAAAAGGCUUGCUCGUCCAGAUUUACCACUUUGUAGUUCAUGAUGGCUCCGGAUAUCAAAUUGAAUCUUUAAACUACUAAACAUGAAAUUUAUCUAAAACAUUUUAGAGCACUUGUGUACUGAAUAAAAUAAUGAUAACAUAGAUAAGUAUAUAUAAUAU